AUGAACCGAUCGUUGUCGUCAAAACUCGCCAAGAAACCCUCUCCGGCUCCGUCUGCGGCACCGGCGACGGCGAACAAGAAGAAGAAGAAAAAGGAGCAGAGCCCUCGAAAUCCAUUACAGGAUCUCAAUACCAGCAGCAUCAUUAGCAAUAGCAACAAUGGCAGCGAGGCUUCUUCUUCUAUCUCUGUCGAAGCCCCUCGAGGUUGCCUCAGGCCUAAAAUACUGCCCAAAACCCCUAAAUCGGCUCCUGUUGUGAAGCCUUCAAGGCCAUCAAAAUCUAAGGACAACCGGUCCAAAUGCAAUGCUUUGGAAAACCCAGAGAAACUCACAUCCCGGAAUGCGCACAAAUUUAAGAAUAAUUCUUCUUGUUUGUACCAGUGGCAGUCUGGGAACAAACCCAGUUCUAGAAAUGGACAAAAGAUGAAAACUUGCUCAGUUUUAAACUCAAAUGGAAAUUCCCGGAGUAAGUUCGAAUCUGGGUCUGUGGUGGAAGAUAUUGUCAAGGUGGUUGGUAAUGCCGGUCAGCCCACUGAGCUCAAAUCAUGUGGUAUUGAUGAAAAUUUUACACCUUUGAGUAAGAUAGUGAUAGGGUUGGGUUUGGACUCCAAAACUGUUAAGGAUGAGGAUUUGCAACAGAAUUCUAGCAAAAGUGAUAAUAGAACUCCACCAGUUCAGGCCUCUGUAUCUCCAGAGAUACAAUGUGGAUCGUCUGCGGUGUCAACAGCCACACGUGCUUGUUAUGCUACUGGCCAUGUUCUUUCUGGGAUCACUGACAAGAGGAAGUGCAGACCUAGAGGAAUUCUCAACGUAGAAGAGAAUGAUUCAGGUUUCAGUAAAGGGAAGGCUUUAGGCAGUUUUGAGGAUGAUGAUGACGAUGGUGAUGAUGAUGAAACUGGAAAAGGAGUUUUUGGCAAUCUUGAUGCUUCUAUGGUUCCUUUACCUACUGAAGCUUCAAUGCAUUGGCUGUUAUCACCGUGUAAUGAGGAGGAUGAGGAUCACAAGGAGCAUUCUGAAAAUAGUUUUCAGAAUUCUGUAGAGUCUGUCAAUCUUUAUUCUCCAUUUUCAACCUCAGGUCAUCAUGGAUUUUCUUUAGAUGUAUGCAACAAUACUAAUGUGGGAAGUAGUACUAACUGUAGCCGGAGGAGUACUUCAAUUUCUCCAAGCUAUCAAGAAGUGUUAGAGCCCUUAAAUACGGAUCCUGUUUUAUCGUCUCCCCCUUGCACACCUGGUUGCGAGGCUCUAACCUUGAAAGACGAAAGAAAAUACCAUUAUGAUUAUGGCUGCGAUACUUCUCCAUUCUCUAUGGUUUCACUGGGCAGUGAAAAUGUUAUUCGUACUCCUCAAUCACACUCAAGUAUGGACAAUCAAAGGAAACACUACUUUGAUUCUGAACUCAGUUCAGUGGCUGAAGCUAUUCGGAUGGCAAGCUUGUCCCCAAACAGUAAUGUAUUAAUUGAGGAUCAGAUUGAUUCAAGUUUCCAGUUUGACUGUCUAACUACAACUUGCAAUUCAAUCAGUCGAUUUCAGAAAGUUUUGGACGAUCGGGCUUCCUGGCCUUCCAACUCUACACCAGAAAAUGUGUCACAAUCUGAGAUGAGGAUAUCAUGGAGAGAAGGGUUAGUGAGUCGUAUCUACGAUAUGGAUGAAUAUGAUUGCUGCAGAUGUUUGUCAGACGAAGAGGAAGAUAUCAAUGGCUACAGCAGUGAUCGCUUAAAAAAAACUCGUCAGAGUCCUGAACUCAAUAUCAAUGUUGGAAAAGAUAAGAUUUUAAGUUAUAAUUCUCGGUCUGGUGAACUGUUGGAUGAUGAAGCAGGAGCGGGGAAAGUUGAAGAAGGCUUUCCUUCUCAGUCAUCUUGCCUGUGUGCUGAGUCCAUAAGCACUGAUGGAGGUGGCCUGCUUGCUUCAGGCGAUUCAGAUUGGACUCUGUGCUACAAGAACGAGUUGUUCCAUGUAUAA